AGUUCCUCCAGUCUGUAGUUUUCCAGGUCAGAAAACUAGCAUUCCUGAGUUUUGAAAAGGAAAAGAAACCUGAAUCAACAUGGCUUUCGUACAAGAAUUUCUGAAGCAGGCCUAUUUCAUUGAUGAAAAAGAACCGGAAUGCAUUAAGAAUUCAAAAACUGGAUCCGCAUACCACGCUUAUCCUAACUUUGAUCCUUCAAUCGAUGUUGUCGCACUGCACAAAGCUAUCACUGCUAAAGGAGUUGAUGAAGCAAGCAUCAUUGAAAUUUUGACCCAAAGAAACAAUGCCGAACGCCAGCAGAUAAAAGCUGCCUACCAACAAUCACAGGGGAAGCCCUUGGAAGAUGCUUUGAAAAAAGCUCUCAAAAGCCACCUGGAAGAUGUUGUCCUGGCAAUGCUGAAGACUCCAGCCCAAUUUGAUGCUGAACAACUCAGGUAUUCCAUGAAGGGGCUUGGAACUGAUGAAGAUCUCUUAAUUGAGCUUCUGGCAUCAAGGAACAACAGAGAAAUCCGAGACGCCAGCAAGGCAUAUCAUGAAGUUUAUAAAAGAGAUCUCAUCAAAGACAUUGUUUCAGAUACAUCAGGAGACUUCCAGAAGGCUUUGGUUGCCAUGGCAAAGGGUGACCGUGAUGAAAAUCCUCAUGUGAAUGAAGAGCUGGCAGAUAAUGAUGCACGGGCCUUAUAUGAGGCUGGAGAGAGAAGAAAAGGAACAGAUAUUAAUGUUUUCACUAAUAUCCUCACUACAAGGAGUCAUCCACAUCUCCGAAGAGUUUUUCAGAAUUACACCAAGUACAGCAAGCAUGACAUGAACAAGGCUCUGGACCUGGAACUGAAAGGAGACAUUGAGAAUUGCCUGACCGCAAUUGUGAAAUGUAGCACAAGCAAGCCGGCUUUCUUUGCCGAAAAGCUCCAUCUGGCAAUGAAGGGUUCUGGAACACGUACCAAAACUCUGAACAGGAUCAUGGUGUCGCGUUCUGAGAUUGACAUGAAUGAGAUCAAAGGUUUCUACAAGCAACUGUAUGGCAAAUCCCUCUGCCAGGCUAUUUUGGAUGAAACAAAAGGUGAUUAUGAAAACAUUCUGGUGGCUUUGUGUGGUGGCGACAACUGAGCUGCGCCUUCUACAGAGACCUUCCAGCUGCUCCCAUCAGGAUAUUCCUUUUUAAUUCAAGCUGUUACAUAUAUCUACGUAUAACGAAGCGUAACCUAUGGAUUAGACGAUUGCCUAGUCUUCAUAUCUUGAAAAAAAUUGGUAGCCUGGAAAAUACUUUUUUUGUUGUUAACUAGUUGUGUGGUGUUAUCUGCUUUUUUUAUAUAUUUAUCCAAAUGGAAGAGCAUACAAAGUAUUUGCCUUUACAGGGCUAGUCAAUGUCAAUGGUACAGAACUUGCCUGAAUAACAUUCCAAAUAAAAUUAAUCUGUGAUCAUCA